AUGCCCGGAAACAAUACGACCGAUUCCAUUGUAGAAAACGACUUGGUUCCUCAGCACAUUCUGUCCAACUAUAUAGAACAUCGCCAUCUCCCAGCAUGGCAACGACAAGUUGCACCAGACCCCCAACGCAACUUACAGAACCUGGACGAUGACGCUCUCCAGGGUGAGGCGAAUGGCAUGUGGGCUUACCUUGAGGAGGUUUCCUCCAGUGCCUUUCACAUCUGUUCUAGACACUCACACUUGCACUCGCGAUGCAAGGAGCUACACAGCACAACUGCGUUACACGGAACCCUGACGCCGGAAUCAAGCUCCCAGAUGAGGAUGUCAUUCGGUCGAGAUCAAGCGCCGGCUGUCGUGUGGUGCGUCGUCUGCACAGAUUGGACUAUCGCGACUGUCCCUGGGCCUCAAGAAGGAACGUAUCCUUUCAACCCGAAGCAGUUCCGCGUAAAAUAUCCGUUGAACUUGGACGGCGAGGAUCAUCGGCCAGGUAUGGGACCCGUCAAGGGACGACCGGCUCACGAGCCAACAUCCACAUCAUUCUUUAUAGAGAAAAUCCGCCCUGCGGAGCUGGUCUGCGAUGUGUUGGACAGUGUAGAGGAAUCGCAAGUCUCAAUUCACCCAAGUAGCCACGACCUGGCCAUCCAAUAG